UAGCUAACAGGCAGUUCUAUUUACGAUGGUACGAUGCGACACGACGACAGGGGGUGGGUGCGGGUUUCCUCGGCCGGGCGACGCCUACCCAGUAGGCGUCGCCGGGCGUCAUGGUGCCUCCGUCGUCGCUUCUUUCGAUGUUCGAUGCGGCACGGCGCGCGUCAUUCGUCGGCCGAGUCCCGGGACCGACGGCUCCGCCGCGCGUCGACGUGGCUGCUCACCUCGUCGAGCGUCUCGCCCGAGUGCUGCGGCCGCAGGGGCGGCGGCGUCUCGAACGAGUUGGUCUCGCCGAUGGACCCCAGGCUCGGGAUGAAGCUCUUGCGCGGCUCCGGGGUGUAGGCGGCGGCGUCGACCUCGAGCUUCCGCUCCAGAUCGGCAAUCGCGCCCUCCAGAUCCGCGAGGCGCCCGGCGUCGCCCGCGCGGAGCGCCUCCGCGUGCUUCGCCUCCAGCUCCGCGAGCCGUUCUUCGAGCCGGCGCUCCUCCUCGUCGGCGGACAAGCCGCGCUCGCGCCGGAGCUCCUCCACAUAUCUCUCAACGCGCUCCUGGCGUUGCGUCGGCGGGGCGUCGUCCUUGGCGCUCCCGCCGGCCCAGCUCGGCAGCGGGAUGCAGCCGCACAUGAUCUCACUCCACGUGCCGCUUUGCUCGGCAAUUGCCGGGCAAGCGCAGCCGCGGCGCCGGGCACGCGGCCGGGGGGGCAGCCCCGCCGGUCCGACGCUGGUCCCACUGCCCUCGAUUCAGCCACCAGACCAGCUUACGCCUUGGUUCUGGUGGCUCAAAAUGGGGACCUCAACAAA